AUGUCUUUUUUGAAGUCAAUAUGGUCUAUACAGACUAGGUCAUUCAGCCAGACACCUCUGGUCUCUCAUAAAACAUCGAAAAGCUUUCAUAGGCUCAGCAAAUACGUGCGUAAGGUGAACGACACCCAGCACCACGCAGGCGAGGAGAUCAAGGGCAUCGGUAAGAUCCCCCUGCAACAAGCAGAGCUCCCUGUAUAUCAAUAUGAAGCUAGAUUCUUCAAGCGUCAGAACCGUGGGCUCUAUGGAGGAUUACAACGUAGAAGCGGACACACAUGUUCUGAAGCAGAGAACAAGAAUAAAAGAACCUACUUGCCAAACAUCGUAAACAAGAGGUUAUGGUCCGAAGCCUUGAACACUGCCAUCAAAUUAAGAGUAUCAACCAAAGUUUUGAAAACAAUCACCAAAGAUGGUGGAUUAGAUGAGUAUUUGACAAAGGAUACUUCCACUAGAAUCAAGACUUUGGGCUUAAAGGGCUGGGAAUUGAAAUACAAAGUGCUAAAGGCCAGAGAAUUCGCCCAAUUGCCAAACUACAACGGCUUGAAAGUAUACUAUAUUCACCCCGACGGGAAGGAAUUCAUUGUAGAGAAAGAAGAGUUGGUAGAAGCAUUGUAUCCAUUCGUUCAUAGAGAUAGCUUUGAAGGAGUGAACAAAGACAAGUUUGUUAAGGAAUCGUCCGUUUUGACCUUUGAAGAGUUGGUCAAUCAGUUGGAGGCUUAUAACUUCGACUUCACCAAUGUUACAGUCCAAGAACACCAAAGAGUGGCACUGGAACGUGAAGAAGUUGCUUGA